CGGUCCUCAGUAGCUACACGUUGUUAACAGACGUCGACGCAGAUUUCAAACCGAAUGUAAUGUGUUUAAGAGACUUUUAAAACACAUACAAAGAGUUAGUUUAUCCUUGGAGGGUGAUUUAUCCGUUAAACCGUUUUUUGUUGCCUCCCGUUCUUUGUUCGUAGCUUUUUAUACCACGUUGCUAAUCGGUAAACAUAAGUAGGCUAAAGGCGUUCAAGGGAGAUUAGUGUGUUUAACUGCAGUGUUUUAUCAAGGAGAAGAAAGACUGAAGAACCAGGACGAAGAGGAGAGAGAGAGACAUUCUACCCAUAGACAGCAGAGGUUUCAAGAUGCCAGAGCACUGUGCGGCGUAUUGCUGUGCAAAUCGGCGGACGAUUGCGAACAGGGGUCGGGGGAUUACUUUUCACAAGUUUCCCAAAGACAAAGAUAUGAGGAAGAAGUGGGAAGUUGCUUUGAGGAGGGAAGGGUUCACUGCAAGCGAGUCAUCCGUGAUUUGCAGUGAGCAUUUUAAGCAGGACGAGUUUGACAGGACAGGACAGAUUGUCCGACUCAGAGAUGGUGUUAUUCCCUCCAUCUUCAGCUUCUCGGUUCACCUCCAAAGACCGGAAAAGGGCAGGACUAUGUCUACUUCCAGAAAAGCUGAAGAGAGCCUGUCUGUGGCCCCUCAGGACGACCCAGAAGCUUCAACCUCACACUCACAACCUCAGCCUAAUGAUAGACGCAGCCGGAGAAGGAGCACUGAGAGCAGCAUGGAGGAGAACAAAAAGACCCCUGGAGCUCAGAAACCGAAAGGAAGAGAGAAACGUCACAGCUGUCAGCAAUGUGAUGAAUCCUUUACAACAUCUAGAACUUUAAAGAGCCACCUGCGUAUUCAUAAAGGAGAAAGAACGUACAGCUGUGAAGAGUGUGGGAAAACUUUCACUAGAUCGGCUGGUGUCAAAACACAUCAACGUAUUCACACAGGAGAUAAACCGUACAGCUGUGAAGAGUGUGGGAAAACGUUCACUCAAUCAGGUCCUCUUAAAACACAUCAACGUAUUCACACUGGAGAGAAACCGUACAGCUGUGAAGAGUGUGGGCUAGCGUUCACUACAUCAGGUGCUCUCAAAACACAUCAACGUAUUCACACAGGAGAGAAACCGUACAGCUGUGGAAAAUGUGGGAAAACGUUCACUCAAUCAGGUGCUCUCAAAACACAUCAGCGUAUUCACACUGGAGAGAAACCGUACAGCUGUGAAGAGUGUGGGCAAACAUUCACUCAAUCAUGUGCUCUCAAAACACAUCAACUUGUUCACACUGGAGAAAAAUCAUACAGCUGUGAAGAGUGUAGGCAAACGUUCAUGACAUCAGGUAAUCUCCAAACACAUCAACGUAUUCAUACUGGAGAGAAACCUUACAGCUGUGAAGAGUGUGGGCAAUCGUUCACGACAUCAGGUGCUCUCAAAACACAUCAUCUUGUUCACACUGGAGAGACACCGUACUGCUGUCAGCAAUGUGAUGAAUCCUUUACAAAAUCUGGAAAUUUAAAAUGCCACCUGCGCAUUCAUACAGGAGAAAGAAGGUACAGCUGUGAAGAGUGUGGGAAAACUUUCACUAGAUUGGAUGGUGUCAAAACACAUCAACGUAUUCACACCGGAGAUAAACCGUACAGCUGUGAAGAGUGUGGGAAAACAUUCACUCAAUCAGGUCCUCUGAAAAUACAUCAACGUAUUCACACUGGAGAGAAACCGUACAGCUGUGAAGAGUGUGGGCUAACGUUCACUACAUCAGGUGCUCUCAAAACACAUCAACGUAUUCACACAGGAGAGAAACCGUACAGCUGUGGGAAAUGUGGGAAAACGUUCGCUCAAUCAGGUGCUCUCAAAAUACAUCAACGUAUUCACACUGGAGAGAAACCGUACAGCUGUGAAGAGUGUAGGCAAACGUUCACCACAUUAGGUAAUCUCCAAACACAUCAACGUAUUCACACUGGAGAGAAACCAUACAGCUGUGAAGAGUGUGGGAAAACAUUCACUCAAUCAUGUGCUCUCAAAACACAUCAACUUGUUCACACUGGAGCAAAAUCAUACAGCUGUGAAGAGUGUAGGCAAACGUUCACGACAUCAGGUAAUCUCCAAACACAUCAACGUAUUCACACUGGAGAGAAACCAUACAACUGUGAAGAGUGUGGGAAAACAUUCACUCAAUCAAGUGCUCUCAAAACACAUAAACGUGUUCACACCGGAGAGAAACCGUACAUCUGUGAAGCGUGUGGGGAAACAUUCACUGGAUCAAAUCAUCUCAAAACACAUCAACGUAUUCACACAGGAGAGAAACCUUUCAGCUGUGAAGAGUGUGGGCAAACAUUCACGACAUCAGGUGCUCUCAGAACACAUCAUCUUGUUCACACUGGAGAGACACCGUACUGGUGUGAAGAGAUGCUGUUUUCUCCCUAACCCAUCAUUUAUUUUCCUAAAUCUGAGGAACAGUUUUUUAUGUUUUAACCAGCGUUCACACUGUCCCAAAACAAGGCCACAGAGAUGCUGUUUCUCCCGAUGUAAUUCAAAUCAUUGUUCUACUAUACUAUGUUUCAACUAGGGCUGUCAAGUUAACGUGUUAAUAACGCGUUGAGAAAAAAAAUAAUAACGCCACUAAUUAUUUUAACGCGAUUAACGCAUGUGAAUUUUUUGUCCUCGGUCGCCCC